UGAUGUCACGGAGACUCUGUCUGGGGAUAUAAAACCUCCCCGACUCGCUUCAUGAAGCCGGCGAAUUACAUCCCGAGUGGAGACAAACGCACAAACAAUAGAGUACAAAAUGGUGAAGAUAACCUUCCAGGCUGUUUCGGUGCAGAAGGCCGACAAAGAAAACCAAGAAGACCACAUCGUUAUACCUCAAGCUCACGAGGAGCAGACUCUUCCAGUCAAGCCCGAGAAGCCUUUUCAAAAGCGACUGUGCUACAUAACAUGUGGCGUGGUGGUCCUUAUUGUGUUAGGACUGGGGCUGAUCUCCAUAUUUGCCCACCUUGACUACUUCCUUCCUCAGCUGACGGAGGAAAGACAAUUCUUCCACUGUCGGGUGGUCUUCGAGGACAUGGUUUAUGCGCCCUUCAGGGGCCGCCAGGAAUUGGAGGAGAACGUGGGCAUCUACUUGGACGAAAACUAUGAGAAGAUAAGCGUUCCCGUGCCAUACUUUGGAGCCUGCGACCCUGCUGACAUCAUCCACGACUUUGAGAGAGGCCUGACUGGUUAUUAUGAUGUUAAACUGGACAAUUGCUACAUUACCGAGCUGAACACCACCAUGGUGAUGCGCCCAAGGAACCUUUGGGAGCUGCUUGUCAAUGUCCAGAGAGGGGCGUACCUCCCUCAAACGUACCUUGUCCACGAGGAGAUGGUGGUGACGGGUCGGGUGAGGAGCAUGAGGCAGCUGGGCCCUUACAUCCACAAGCUGUGUCACGGCAAAGACACGUACCGCCUCCGCCGCCGCAGCCAGCAUCAGCGUGUGGAGCGGCGUGAGACAAAGGAGUGUGUGAGCAUUCGCCACUUUGAGAAUCCUUUUGUCGUGGAGACUAGGAUCUGCAACGGAUUCUGAGCGGCCAGGCUAGCACAGAAGCUACUUUCAAACCAUACCUCUUGAAUUCUUUCGACUUAUAACUGCACUUUACAACUUGUCUAACUAAUUUAUUUAAUUUUGUUUUUAUUUCAAAUGGUCUGUAUUUUUACAGUUUCACAUGUUCAGAUAUUUAUGUAGCCUUUCUUGUUGUGGUGAUUUAAGAGCACAUUGUGCACUUAUUUGAUUUGUUGUAGUCUUUUUUGUAAUGUUAUUUGUUGUACUCUUAUUUUUUGUAAUGUUAUAAAAUGGCAAAGCAUACCUCAUGUAGUUUAGAUGUUAUAAUCAUGACUGAUGUGUAUGACUUUUGAUCCUAAGCAAUAUAUGAUAUACAUAGAUUUUUCUCUGCAUUGAAUAAUGUGACGUGUUGAUUUUUAAUAGAUUUAUUUUUAUGUCAAGCAUCAUUCUCAUGUAUAGUUGGUCUCUUUGCUGUCACACUCCUUGCAUAUAUAUGACUUUAGACUGUAAGCAGUAGAAGAGCUUUAGAGCAUCAGAAGGAACCAAAGUGCGUUCAGCUUGAUAUUGAGGACAUUCUAGAAUGUUUUAUAGUUUAGCUCACUGUAAAUUAUUUAUUUAUCCCCAUAAGUUUUUAACAUCACAUGCUCAUAUUUAUGUGUUCUACUGUACAGUCAAUUCUUGUAAUAUAUUGCUGCUUUAAGAAUAAAUUAUAGGAAAUUUG